AUGCUGGCUCCGGUGGGUAUAGUCGUUGCCCUGCUUCACUGGACACCUGCUCAAGCGCAGUCUAGCACCUCGAGCGGCAUCCUAUCGCUCGUGAAUCCCCUCAUUGGAACGGUACGAGCUCAUGACCAUGUCGAGAACAACCAGCACUGACAACACGCAUAGAGCAAUGGCGGUCACGUCUUCCCGGGAGCGACAUUGCCUUUCGCCAUGGCAAAGGCAGGAUGCGACGUCAAUGUAGAGAAUCAGGGAGGCUUCUCCACCGGCCACCCCGCCGGCAACAUCACUGGCUUCUCUCACAUGCAUGACGACGGCACUGGAGGCGUGAGUAUCCAUCCCAUAGCAUCGAGUCUUGGAAAGUUUCGUUGAGCACAGGAUGAUACUUGAAUUUCAUGCUCGAUUCAUCGUGGAAGCGAAUUUACAUAUUCAUGGUUUGGCUGAUAUUGCUCAAUUCAACACCGCAAUACUGUUUUGGGACGGCACCUCUGGAGCAUAAGCUGACCGUGACAGGCUGCAUCUUUGGGCAAUUUUCCCCAUUUCCCACAAGCUGGCUGUCCUGACGACGACAUCAACCAAUGCCUCUUUCCAAUUCGGACUCGCGCAGUACCGAGGGUCAAUGGCACGGUAGAAGCCUACCCGGGCUAUUUCUCCAUCGUCAUGUCCACCAACAUCCGUGCCGAAAUGACCUCCACCAAUCAUACUGCCCUAUACCGAUUCACCUUUCCUCAGACGCCUACCGAAAAGAAUGCCACCCUGAGCCCCUUGAUACUGGCUGAUCUGAUAGACCUGCCCCAAUCCAGAAUCAAUGGCUCGGCAUCUGUCGAUGCAGAUACGGGCCGGAUCUCUGGCAGUGGCUCCUUCUUGCCCAGCUUUGGUAUCGGCAGCUACACUCUGCACUUUUGCACCGACUUCUCAGGCGCACAAAUACGAGACACUGGGGUCUUCCUGAACAACCGUGCCGGCACAUCGCCCAAAACGGUCAGUGUGGUCCAAGAUGGAAUUAAUAUAAAGAAUGAAACUCUACCCGCCGGCGCUUGGACGAGAUUUCAUGCGCCAAGUAACAACAAUCAAAUAGUUGCGCGAGUUGGUGUAAGCUUCAUCAGCGUCGAUCAAGCCUGCCACAACGCUGAGGAGGAAAUACCGGACUUCGACUUUACAAAGGUUCGGUCUGCGGCAGAGCAGGCCUGGGAGGAUACCCUCGGAGUCAUCGAGGUGAAGCCUGGCGGUGUCAACCACAGCCUGCAAGCUACAUUCUGGAGUGGUGUCUACCGUACAGGCAUCUCCCCACAGGACUACACAGGAGAAAAUCCGCUGUGGGAAUCGGAGGAGCCCUACUACGACAGCUACUACUGUAUCUGGGACUCUUUCCGCAGCGUUCAUUCCCUGAUCACCUUAGUCGACCCUUACUCGCAAAUCCAGAUGAUUCGCAGUCUCAUCGAAAUCUAUCGCCAGGAAGGUUGGCUUCCCGACUGUCGGAUGUCCUUGUGCAAAGGCUACACGCAGGGCGGCUCAAACGCAGACGUCGUCCUUACCGAUACUUAUGUCAAAUUUGGCCAGCUCGCCGCUGAUCUUGGUGUGGAUUGGAAGACUGCAUACGAAGCCCUUGUCAAGAAUGCAGAAGAUGAGCCGCCCAAUUGGACUGUGGAGGGCCGAGGCGGUCUUCAUAGCUGGAAGAGUCUGAAUUACGUCCCGACCGAGGACUAUGAUCCCUACGGAGUUGGGCCUUUCACAAGAAGUAUCAGUAGAACUGUCGAAUAUGCUUACAAUGAUUAUUGUGUUGCUGAGAUGGCUCGUGGACUCGGCAAUCAAGGCGACUAUGAGAGAUACACACAGACGUCUGGAUACUGGAAGUAGGUUGAAAAGCAGAUGCGCAUCUUUGAGUUCCUUGCUGACGAUGUGCAGGAACAUGUGGAAAGAAGAUCAACGUGUAAGUCCCGGAAAGAUAUCGUUGAAGCAAUUCCUGACGCACCGCAGAGCUCAAUUAACGGCACAGACACCGGUUUUACAGGCUUCCUAAUGCCGAAAUUCUUAAAUGGCACCUGGGGCUUCCAGGACCCCAUCUUCUGCUCGCCACUGCUCAACUUCACCGCUUGCUACUUGAACCCAGGAGGCCAUGAGACCUACGAAGGUAGCUCGUGGCUCUACUCAUUCUUCGUCCCACACGACAUGGCUUCGUUGAUCACGACAAUGGGCGGGCCGUCCACAUUUGUCAAACGACUAGAUUACCUGCACGAGAGCGGCUUGCUAUACAUUGGCGAUGAACAGGGAUUCUUACCAGUCUAUCAGUACCACUAUGCCGGCCGCCCGGGAAAGAGCGCCGAACGCGCACAUUUCUACAUCCCAUCUCAAUUCGACGAUACCCUAGGCGGACUUGCGGGCAACGACGACAGUGGUGCAAUGGGAUCAUUUAUAGCACUGACCAUGAUGGUGCGCAACCCCUAUCCUCAGCCACCUAGAUACCUCCACCUAACGAACCAUCACAGGGCAUCUUCCCCAACCCAGGCCAAGACAUCUACUUCAUCACGCCUCCGUUCUUCGAAGAAGUCUCCAUUCGCAACAAGCUCACCGGCAAGCGAGCCACGAUCCGCAAUUUCAACUUCGACACGUCUUAUCAGAACAUCUACAUCCAGAGUGCGACGUUGGACGGAAAGCCGUAUACCAGGAAUUAUCUCCAGCAUAGCUUCUUCCUCGAAGGCGGUGUCUUGGAGCUCACGCUGGGUAGGAAUGAGAGUGUCUGGGGAACUCGAGCAGAGGACUUGCCUCCCAGUCUGUCGACGACAAUGGGGCAGAAUUUUCUCUGA